AUCUUCGAUCUGCUAAUUUACAAACCUCAUGGUUGCUCCGUUCUCGAAAUAGUGAAUACAAUGGCCGGUGGCAAAAUUAGGAAAGCCUCAAACCCUCACUUCAGAGGCGGCAUACCCUUCCACAAGUCCAAAGGCCAGCACAUAUUGAAAAAUCCGCUCUUAAUCGACAGUAUAAUUCAGAAAUCUGGCAUCAAGCCCACUGACGUCGUCCUAGAAAUCGGUCCUGGUAUUGGUAAUCUGACUGAGAAGCUUCUGGAAGUAGGGAAAUCUGUAAUAGCAGUCGAACUUGAUCCCUGUAUGGUUCUCGAGCUGCAACGUAGGUUUCAAGGAACCCCUUCGUCUGCUCGAUUGCAGGUCAUACAAGGAGAUGUACUGAAGUGUGAUCUUCCAUGCUUUGACAUUUGCGUAGCAAAUAUCCCAUAUCAAAUUUCCUCCCCCCUUACUUUCAAGUUGUUAGCUCAUCGCCCAUUAUUCAGGUGUGCAGUAAUAAUGUUCCAAAGGGAAAUUGCCAUGAGGCUCGUUGCUCAACCUGGUGAUAAUCUUUACUGUCGUCUGUCUGUGAACACUCAACUGUUGGCUCGGGUUAACCACUUGCUAAAAGUGGGAAAGAACAACUUCAGGCCUCCUCCUAAGGUUGACUCUUCGGUCAUCAGGAUUGAACCAAGGAAACUGCUCCCUUCGGUGAAUAUUAAGGAAUGGGAUGGUCUAGUUCGAAUUUGCUUUAACCAGAAAAACAAAACUCUUGGUUCAAUAUUUAGGCAAAAGACUACCCUUUCAAUACUAGCAAAGAACCAUAAAACCUUGCAAGCAUUACAGCUUUCGCAUGAAGGGUUAGAUGAUACAGAAAUGGCCAUGUGUAUCACUGCUUUGGGAGACAUUCUCGGGGACCUGAGCAUGGACUCUGACGAAGGGAAAGAUGAGGAUAUGGAGAUAGAUGAAGGGGAUACAAAAGCUUCUGAUUUUAAAGAUAGAGUUUUAGGUGUGUUAAAGGAAGGUGGUUUUGAAGAAAAAAGAUCUUCCAAACUCACACAAGGUGAUUUUAUGCACUUACUCUCAUUGUUUAACAAGGCUGGUAUUCAUUUUUCUUAGUUUUGGGACUAAUUUUGACUAUUUUUCAUCUGUUCUCUUUUAUUUAUCUUUUUUACAUGUACAUGUACACGUACACGUUCAAUUUUGUUUUUUUCUGGACUGAGGGAAAUUCUGUUGUGGAGUGUAGACUUGCAUCGUUUCCCUUUUUGUCCCCUACAGAUGAUGAUCUUUGGUUUUUCAAUUUAUUUUAGUAGUUAUGCAUUUACGAAAUGGUUCAGCAUAACAAGAAUAGAAUUGAUUAGAGGUUGCUCAGGGAGUAGCCAGUUUCAACUGGAAGAAAUGCAUUGAUUUAUAUGGAGGAGUUCGUUGAAAGAUGUGGUCUGAAACAACAAAAUUUCGGUUUUGUUUUUGGUCGAUUAUAUGGAUAGUUUUUUGAUUGCUAAGGCUAAUGAAAUUAGGGUUC